CUAAUGUUGCUGUCUAUGAGUGAUCCUCAACAACCACUUAUCAAAUACAGUCUCUCUGCAAUCCCAGAUUAUACAUUCAUUGACACCCUUUUGACAAAGCUGCUACUUAAUCUUCUGCAAUAUGUCACCAAAUAGUACCAUUGAUGUGUACGAGGUCGAGCCAACUACAGACAGACCAAAUGGCGAAAGGAUGUGUUCUGUCAGGAUUGUGGUAGAUGGCGAGUGCAUCUGGCAAUCUCUCCAGAUCCAGGACCCCUUCCGGGAAGACGAUAAGAAACUAUAUGAUUGGUAUCUAGAAACAUACCCUCUGCCGCCCCCACAACCCAUGACCCCAGAUGAGGUUUAUUCACAGAGGGACGAGGCGCAUGAAUUUCAGUGCCGAGCGGAUAUUGUUCAAACAAAGCUAGAACAAUACGGAGAGCAGCUUCACAAAUCGCUUAAAAUUGAAGCUUUCAAGUUUCUAAAUACCCAAUACUUACAUAUCAAUAUUUGGGAAGCUCAGAAAUGUUCUGAGACUACACGAUCAUUUGGGAUCCACCAGAUAUUAUGGGAAAAUCUUGAAAAGCCCCAUAUAUGGAGAUCAACGUCAAUUAUGGCGUCGAGGCUUCAAGUAGCGGUUAAAAGGAUAGUAAUGGCGCCACCAUGUCCUGGCCUACCCUGGGAGUCUCGGCGUGUCACAAGAAAAUCACCACUUCGAGUGCUCCUAGUGGUAGCCCGAAAUCUUAGGAAGACAGCCGAGAACAGGUAUGAGGAUUUAAAGCCUCACAUUGCUCAAAUCCACCUCUUAUCUGUCCAAGACGACCUGGUACCGUUGUGGUUUUCACCCCAGGUUGAGCUUCAUAUCGCUCGGCCGGGGAGCUACAGCGCUCUAGAAGAGAUACUCACCGAAGAAGGGAAGGGUUAUUUUGACCUUGUCCACUUUGACUUACACGGUGAUACCAACGAUGAUCCUCUGAAUGCCUACCUCUGGUUUGCUAGUGAGAACAUAGAUGAGACACAACUUGUUAAAAGGAAAGCGGAGGAUGUAGCGGACCUUUUGGCCAAAACGGGCGUGAGAUGCGUUGCUACGAAUGCAUGUCGCACUGCUGUGAGCUACGAGAGACGGGAAGCGAAUAUGUGUCAAAUUUUCAUCGAUAAAGGAAUUUCACACGUUUCAGGCAUGUCGCACAACAUAUGUACUGAUGCCGUCGACUUAUUCUAUUGGGGCUUCUAUAGUGCUCUGAUCACUAAAGGUUUUAAAUUUGCCGAAGCCGCAAGUCAGGGUCGGAAAAGCCUUCGCCUCGACAAGCAUCGGAACUUUGUAGCCUCAAAACAGCUUGUUGAUUGGUGUGUCCCAGUGACAUACAUGUGCCCUGAUGGUCAAGUUUGCGGGCAAGGCUACAGUCCUUUUUGGAUCAGGUCGACACGCCAAACGUUCAGAUACUUGACUUACUGGGUUCGGAACUUAUGCUAUCGACUCAGGAGAAAUACGCCGGCUAUUGUGUUCCCAGAACAAGCUUCAACGAGACGAACGAGGAACGGAGCGAUAGAGGGUGAUAUGGCGCUUCAUUCUGGUCACUCUCAAUGGCUAGAUAUAUUAUAUGGACCGCAAGACUUUGCUAGCCGUGUGCCAAAAUCGACACUACCAAAGCUGGAUAUUAACAUUCUUGAUUUCGAAAAACAUCUAGUUCACCACGGAACUGUCUACUUCCAUGGGCCUAAUCAUAGCCAAAAUGUUGAUACUAUGAUACGACUUGGAUUGCUCUGGUGCAGGACCAAUUUUGUAGAGCGAGUCAUUUAUAUCAACGCCAGGCAAUAUAGUGAAGGUCUAUCACUGCAAUACGUGAUUGAAUGCGACAAAAAGAACCGGUUGAGAUACAUACCAUCACGGCCAAUCGACUUUGACCCUUUCAAGCCGUCGUCGCCUCACAAAAAACUAGCUAUUGUGAUUCAGGGGAUUCACGAACUUUAUCCCGAUGACGAAGAUGAAAGGGAAGCCCAAGAGAGGGACAGGAUUCGUCUUGCCAGGCAAAAAGUCGAAGAGUUCUUGACGAUGGAAGUAACGUCCAAACUCGACGAGAAGGAUAGAUACGUCGUCAUAACAGGUGAGAAAGAUGCUGAGUGGUGGGAGAGCACGGUGGAGGUAGGAUUGUUAUGGGGUCAGCCUUUCUGGCGUGGCGAUCCGCUCUUAGAACAUUUCAGGGACGUCUUUUGACCAAACAACUGUAAAUAGAGACGCUGAUUCACUGAUUACGCCCACCACUGAGAAGAAAAGCAUCGUAACAACCUACAAUACUAAGCGAGACAGUAAUAACAUUAAACUUCACGGAUA